AUGACCUCAGACUCAGAUCCCCCGCCGGCCACCAACGCUCCACCACCGACGCGACCUCGUUCGCCCUCGGGGAGCUUCUAUGCCCUGAGCGACGAUGAGGAAGGGGACUACAACACAAUCACGCAUACAGAAACAGGACGGGGCGUCAAGCUUCUAUUCUCUAAGAGCAAGGUCUAUGUUCACCCCACGCCAUCUGCGAAAGAUAAUAUCCCAGGCUACAUAGCCUUACUCCAGCAGAAAGGAGGCUCAAGCGAACGACCGACCUCCUCCUCGUCUCGAGACUCUCGCAAUCCACCUCCCUCCAACCUGCUCCUAGCAUGGCUCCCCGAAACAUCUCUCGGCGAAUCCGAGAGUAUUUACGUCAAGGUCGACCUCAGUGAAGGUGAUUCGCCGCCUAAGCAGUCGUACCUGGUACCCCCUCCGCCGACGGUCACAUCCCACAGAGGCUCUGUAGGCACAUAUGCUUUCGCCAUUCCAGUCAGCGCAAUAUACUCGCUUCUCGUGAGACCACCGAGUCUGGGUUGGUGGUUCGGCUCUCUGAUCAUCAACUCGAGAGCUGGUGAUAGUUUUCCCGCGCUAUUUUUCCACGACAGCGAAUGUCAGAGCACCAUCCUUAAGAGAAAGAGGCGGACGAGGGAUAGCUUCGACCCAUUCGGUGACCGGGGUGAGAUGUUCUGGGGCGGCGAUGAGGUCCUACGAUGGUUGCGGCGCUACGUUCCGAUCGAGAGAUCCGGCGCCGAGCCCAACAUUUACUUGGUGGAGCCCUCGAAGGAGGACAGCGAGGCUUUCAGUGGCAAGCUCACGUCCAGUACGGCUCAGGCCGGCCAAAAUGAUGCUUCGGGGACUCGAGCCGGCGGCGCUGGCCCCAGUAGUGACGCGCAGAUGGACCCCUUUGUAAAAUUUGUCAAAGAAACUGGAUGGAACAUCAUGGAGAAGUUCAGCAAGGUCACCACUUUCACCAGACGGGCUGCUCAAGACGUCAUACAGAACCCGAAUGUUCCCCCACAAGUCAAGAGGCUUCUUCGCAACCCAGAGGUUCAGACUCUUCAAGAUGAGUUUGACAGUGCGAGGAUAUACCUGGCGCGCUGGGCAAUGGGAAUUGCCGAACAAAGUGAGCGAGAUCGGAGCCAGAGGAUAUGGACUGCUAAGGAGGUCUUGGAGCUCGAGGACACCGAUGUUGGAGAGUUUGAGCUGCUAGACGGCAGUAGCACCAUGUCGUUGGAGGAUAGAAGAAAGACGGUGACGCUGAAAGAAUGGAACACGUUCUUUGAUCCACGAACUGGAAGGCUUUCUGUCACUGUUGACGAAGUCAAAGAACGGGUGUUUCACGGAGGACUGGACCCUGACGAUGGUGUGAGAAAAGAGGCAUGGCUCUUUAUUCUCGGGGUUCACGACUGGUAUAGCACUGCCGAGGAGCGAAAAGCCCAUCUCGCGUCCCUACGAGACGAAUAUGUUAAGUUGAAGGGCGCAUGGUGGGAGAGAUUAGUAGACUUGGGAGGCGAGGGCGAACAGGGCGAGUGGUGGCGUGAGCAACGCGGUCGAAUCGAAAAGGAUGUCCACCGGACAGAUCGUAAUGUGCCCAUCUUCGCCGGAGAAGACAUUCCGCACCCCGAUCCCGACUCCCCCUUUUCCGAGGUCGGCACCAAUGUCCAUCUUGAGCAGAUGAAGGACAUGCUCCUGACGUACAACGAGUACAAUAAGGAUCUCGGCUACGUGCAGGGCAUGUCUGAUCUUCUCGCUCCUAUCUACGCUGUGAUGCAGGACGAUGCCAUCGCCUUUUGGGGCUUCCAGCACUUCAUGGACCGCAUGGAGCGCAAUUUCCUACGAGAUCAGUCUGGCAUGCGGUCUCAGCUACUGACUCUUGAUCAUCUCGUUCAGUUCAUGGACCCCAAGCUUUACGCUCACCUGCAGUCUGCUGAUAGCACAAACUUUUUUUUCUUCUUCCGCAUGUUGCUCGUCUGGUAUAAACGGGAGUUCGAGUGGAUGGAUGUGCUGCGUCUUUGGGAAACUCUGUGGACGGACUAUUUGAGCAGCAGCUUCCACCUAUUUGUGGCCUUGGCCAUUUUGGAGAAGCACCGCGACGUCAUCAUGACCCACCUGCAGCAUUUUGAUGAGGUGCUUAAAUACGUCAACGAGCUUUCCAACACAAUGGAUCUUGACUCAACUCUAAUUCGCGCGGAGGCGCUAUUCCGUCGGUUCCAUCGCCUGGUUGAGGCCGUCGAUAAGAAGGGCAAUUUCCCGGGACCGAGAAUCCGCGACCCGGGGUCUCCUUCAAAGUCGGCAUCUACCGACAAAACUCCACAGGAGAGCCAAAGCAGUGCAGGUCCAGCAUCGCCACGCAAGGACAAGAGCAAGGCAACUGAAGAGCCCGAGGUCAAGAAGAUUAUCACUCCCGAGUUAAGAGAGCUACUUAGCCGGAAGGUCGUGAUCUUGCCGCGGAAAGAAGUAGCGAAGAAGGGCGACGGGCCCGGAAGGUCAUGA